UGCGCGCAUGCGCAGUCGCGCUUCACUCUAAUGGAGGACAUGUCUGGUUUGUAAGCGUCUUUUUCUGCGCUGUUUUUCUGAGUUUGCGCCCUCAACAUCCCUCAACGGAGCCCGCGACACCCUUCAAGUGGCAGAAUGGCUUCGGACGCGGUCUCUCAAAGCUCCCAGAGUCCUGCCAUCAGGAUCAUGACCUUUCAUCCCACAAAAGAGGAGUUCAAAGAUUUCAACAGAUACAUCGCAUAUAUGGAGUCGCAGGGGGCGCACAGAGCCGGCAUGGCAAAGGUGGUGCCACCAAAGGACUGGAAGCCCCGGCGUACAUAUGAUGACAUCGAUGAUCUGGUGAUUCCCGCCCCUAUUCAACAGGUGGUCACUGGCCAAUCAGGGCUCUUCACUCAGUACAACAUCCAGAAGAAGCCAAUGACAGUCCGCGAGUUCCGCAAAACCGCCAACACAGACAAGUUCUGUAAUCCCAUAUAUGCUGAUUUUGAUGAACUGGAGAGGAAAUAUUGGAAGAAUUUAACAUUCAAUCCACCAUUAUAUGGAGCAGACAUCAGUGGAACCCUCUAUGAUCCGGACGUGACGGAGUGGAAUAUUGGUCGUCUCAACACUAUUUUGGACACUGUGGAGAGAGAGAGUGGAAUCACUAUCAAAGGAGUAAACACUCCAUAUCUUUAUUUUGGGAUGUGGAAGAGCACAUUCGCCUGGCACACAGAGGACAUGGAUCUCUACAGCAUUAACUACCUUCACUUUGGAGAACCCAAGUCCUGGUAUGUUGUUCCUCCAGAGCAAGGGAAAAGAUUGGAGCGUCUUGCUAAAGGAUUUUUCCCAGGAAGCGCCCAAAGUUGUGAAGCCUUCUUGCGACACAAAAUGACUUUAAUUUCACCGUCAAUUCUGAGAAAGUAUGGAAUACCCUUUGAGAAGGUCACACAGGAAGCAGGUCAGUUUAUUGUGACCUUCCCAUUCGGAUAUCACGCUGGGUUUAACCAUGGCUUCAACUGUGCCGAAUCCACCAACUUCGCAUCCCAGCGCUGGAUAGAUUAUGGCAAGCUGGCAACAUUGUGUUCCUGCCGGAAGGACAUGGUGAAGAUAUCCAUGGAUUUGUUUGUUCGCAAGUUUCAACCAGAACGCUAUAAACUUUGGAAAGCAGGAAAGGACAAUGCGCCCAUUGACCACUCGAAGACCACACCAGUGACGUCAGAGCUCCUGACAGACGGAAAGACAGCGAACGAGAAGGGAGAGCUCAGCGAUAGCAGCAAAGAGGAGAGCGGAGAAGCGGAGCCUGGAGAGGAGCAGAAAGCUAAAACGGAUGGUAAAGAGAAGGGGGACAGCGCAGAAACAUUACCUGGGAAGGAGGUGAAAAGAGAGACCGAUGGUGGAGAGGAGAAAACAGAAGUAGAGAAAGGAGAGCUGGAUGUAGAGGAGAAAAAGCCUGUUAGUGAUGAAGAACCUAGCAGCACUUCAGAGCAAAUCAACAGCAUCAGUCCAAAGCAGAACGUGGGGCAGAAGCGGCUCAGACCCAGCACUGGAAAUGAAGCGAAAGAUGAUGACAAUCAAGUGAAGGUAGAAGAGGAGGAAGUUGAGAAAAAGAAAGCCAAACUCAGCCAGACUGAGACAGGCGACGAGAAGGAACAAUCCAUCUCCGCUGACCCAGGUGAUGUUAAAGCUGAGGAGACCAUGGAGACAGACACGCCCCCUCCACAGCAGCAAGAGAAUCAAGCCCCUCCCUGCAUGGAGGCGGAGCUCUCGCCAUCAAACCCCACCUCCAGCAGUGACAUCACAAUGCAGCAAAGAGAUGACAUCACUCCUUCUGAUCCCAGCGAUGUCACCUCAUCCUCACAAUCCACAAACAGCAUCGGUGAUGAUGUGGCUCCACCAAGUGAUGCCUCUCAGUCUGGACAUGUCACUCAAAGCUGUGAUGUCCAAACCAUCUCUGAUGACAUCACUCCAAACACUGAUCUGACAACUGUUAGCAUCACUGAUGCUCAGCCGAGUGACGUCACGCCCCAUUCCUGUUCCAGUGACAUCUCUGCCGCUGACGUCACACCCCUCGUAUCUGUAACCAGCAGCAUCUCCUCUCAACACAGCAUUAACUCCGCCCCCACCUGUGAUGACAUCACAGAACCCAGCCACAGCACUAUAAACACCAUCAGCCCAAGUCUGUGUGAACCCGGCAUUAACUCCGCCCCCACCUGUGAUGUCCAAUCAGAACCCAGCAACAGCAUUAUAAACACCAUCAGCUCUAGUCCAUAUGAGCCCGGCAUUAACUCCCCCCCCACCUGUGAUGCCCAAUCAGAACCCAGCAACAGCCCUAUAAACCCCAUCAGCCAUGAUCCAUAUGAGCCCGGCAUUAACUCCGCCCCCACCUGUGAUGCCCAAUCAGAACCCAGCAACAGCCCUAUAAACCCCAUCAGCCCUGAUCCAUAUGAGCCCGGCAUUAACUCCGCCCCCACCUGUGAUGCCCAAUCAGAACCCAGCAACAGCCCUAUAAACCCCAUCAGCCCUGAUCCAUAUGAGCCCGGCAUUAACUCCGCCCCCACCUGUGAUGCCCAAUCAGAACCCAGCAACAGCAUUAUAAACACCAUCAGCUCUAGUCCAUAUGAGCCCGGCAUUAACUCCGCCCCCAUCUGUGAUGCCCAAUCAGAACCCGGCAACAGCACUAUAAACACCAUCAGCCCUGAUCCAUAUGAGCCGGGCAUUAACUCCGCCCCCAUCUGUGAUGCCCAAUCAGAACCCGGCAACAGCACUAUAAACACCAUCAGCCCAAGUCUGUGUGAACCCGGCAUUAACUCCGCCCCCACCUGUGAUGUCCAAUUAGAACCCAGCAACAGCAUUAUAAACACCAUCAGCUCUAGUCCAUAUGAGCCCGGCAUUAACUCCGCCCCCACCUGUGAUGCCCAAUCAGAACCCAGCCACAGCACUAUAAGCACCAUCAGCCCUGAUCCAUAUGAGCCGGGCAUUAACUCCGCCCCCAUCUGUGAUGCCCAAUCAGAACCCGGCAACAGCACUAUAAACACCAUCAGCCCAAGUCUGUGUGAACCCGGCAUUAACUCCGCCCCCACCUGUGAUGUCCAAUUAGAACCCAGCAACAGCAUUAUAAACACCAUCAGCCCUGAUCCAUAUGAGCCCGGCAUUAACUCCGCCCCCAUCUGUGAUGCCCAAUCAGAACCCAGCAACAGCACUAUAAACACCAUCAGCCCUGAUCCAUAUGAGCCCGGCAUUAACUCCGCCCCCACCUGUGAUGCCCAAUCAGAACCCAGCAACAGCACUAUAAACACCAUCAGCCCUGAUCCAUAUGAGCCCGGCAUUAACUCCGCCCCCACCUGUGAUGCCCAAUCAGAACCCAGCCACAGCACUAUAAGCACCAUCAGCCCUGAUCCAUAUGAGCCCGGCAUUAACUCCGCCCCCACCUGUGAUGCCCAAUCAGAACCCAGCAACAGCCCUAAACACAAGCCCAGCAUUAACUCCACCGUCACAUAUCAUGUCACCACAGAAUCCAGCAGCAGCGCCAUCAAUCUCACGCUGGCAGAAUCAGCGGCAGUGGGCGGUAGUCCGGUGUGUCCGCCCGCAGUCCAGCACAUCUUCCAGAGAACGCUGAGCCCUGCCGAGGUGCUGCACGUCCACAGCUACGCUAAAGGAGAUUACAGCGAGCCCGAGCCGCGCAUUCGGCAUGAGAGUUACCGAGACAGCGACUCUGAUAGCGAUUCCCAAGAGGACUGUAAGAAAGAAGAUGAACGUCCAGUGGAAGCUCAGCACAGACUUCCCAGACUCCCCAGGCAUCAUCCUCUGAUGAAGGACAGCAUCAGUGAUGAAGAGCUGCAGGAUCAGGCUGCAUCAGAGGAGGACGGGCUCGACGGGGAGGCCUGGGCGCGACCUUUGACCCAGCUGUGGCAGAACAGACCGUAUAAUCCAGAAAGAGAGAGAGAGUACAACAGAGAGAUGGGUCUGCUGCCUCCAUACUGCGCUGUGUGCAUGAUCUUUCAGGCUCAUCAACGGUCUGAAGGGGGCGAGAGCGAGCCGGCUGUGGUGCUGCCCAGGGGUCAGAUAAGGAGCAAGCCUCUGAUUCCAGAGAGAUGUUUCACCACCACCACAGAGGACAGCGCAGAGGACCAGACGCCCACACCUCGCCUGGAGGAGGACGGGACCAGCCUGCUCAUCAGCUGCUCCCUGUGCAGAGUCCGUGUGCACACCAGUUGUUACGGUGUGGCUCCUUUGAGAAUUUCCAAAGACUGGAAAUGUGCUCGCUGUAAAGCCAACGCCUUCGCUGAGAGUUGCUGUCUGUGUUCGUUGAGAGGAGGAGCGUUACACAGAGCCAAUAAUGGCAAAUGGGUUCAUGUCCUGUGUGCGGUGGCAGUGCUAGAGGCUCGCUUUGUGAACAUCGCUGAACGAUCACCCGUGGACCUCAGCGGCAUUCCCUUACAGAGAUUCAAACUGAAGUGCUACUACUGCAAACGGCGGAUGAAGAAAACGUCGGGCUGUUGUGUGCAGUGUUCUCACGGUCGCUGCCCCACCUCCUACCACCCGACCUGCGCACAGGCCGCAGGCGUCAUCAUGCACCCGGACAACUGGCCCUUCGUCGUCUACGUCACCUGUUGCCGCCACAAAGGCCCGGUACAAUCAGAGCGUAAUAAAGCAGCCAUGCGAGACCUCAGUGUGGGUCAGAAGGUCAUCUGCAAACACAAAAACGGACGCUACUACCAGUGUGAAGUCAUACAGCUGACAAAAGAGACCUUUUAUGAGGUCAACUUUGAUGAUGGCUCCUUCAGUGAUAACCUUUUCCCAGAGGACAUUGUGAACCGAGACUGCGCUCAGCUGGGUCCGCCUCCACAGGGUGAAGUGGUUCAGGUCCGAUGGACGGAUGGUCUUGUGUAUGGAGCUAAAUUCGUGGCAGCUCAUGUCAUUCAGAUGUACCAGGUGGAGUUUGAGGACGGAUCGCAGCUCACUACUAAGAGAGAUGACGUCUACACCCUAGAUGAAGAGCUGCCCAAGAGGGUCAAAUCUCGUCUGUCCAAGGCAUCGGACAUGCGCUUUGACGAGAUGUUUGGAGAGAAGAAGGUUCAGGAGAGCAAGAGACAGCGAGUGAUCAACUCCAGGUACAGAGGGGACUAUAUCGAACCCGUCAUCUACCGAGCCAUCAUGGAGUAGCCAGCGAUGACACAGCCUGAAACCACCAGCGGACUCGAGCACACACCCUGCCAAUGCCAGUGGCGUUCAG